CUUCGCCUUCAUUGCGCAUGACUCCACUUCCUAUACUUUAUCCUCCUCUCCUCCAGAAUAGAAAGAAAUAGAAUUGAACAGGCAAAUAAGGAAUCUGCGUAGGCUGUUUGUUCCUGUUGUAGGUUGUGAUCUCUUUUGAAAAGUCGAACGAGAUAGACUGUGUCUGUUCAGAGAAGACUAUCAAUUCUGUAGGGGAGAUUGGGAGGAUGGAAUGUCGUGAGUGUGAGAAACGGAAGAAACCGCAAAUGGAUGGAGCGGCUAUAAAGCAAGGCAUCUUUUUUACUUUUCUGUUCUACACAACCUCGGCCGUCCCACGCGCAUUUGUCUUUUUCUUCUUACAAAAAAUGCCCUUCGACCUUAAAAGAACCACUAAAUGCGGCCGGGCCAAAUACUACGCCUGUCCGAUCCAGUUUGCUCAAGUGCCUUUAACCGAUUUUGUUCCUCUUUACAAUGAAGGCGACAACUACUGCAUUGACUGCAGAAAGCUUUAUAGGCUUCUUUUUAAGAAGCAUGGGAGACUCGUCGGCACUGUUUCUCGCUUGACAUUUGAAGUCGGGGCUGCAAAGGUACGCUCCCUGCGAUUUCGACAUCUCCCAACCAUCGACUACAAAACGUUGAUCGACCUUGCCUGCGUCCCCGGAGCAGACGAUGUUUCCUACAACUCCAGAAUCGACCAAAUUCUUGCCGAGCAUUCAAACGAGGCCGCCGAUGCCGACGCUGCUGACAACAACUUGCUCACUCCCCCUGCCGAUGGUAGCGAGGACGAGGACGAGGACGAUGUUCUGGCCACAGCUGCCUCAGCUGCGACGCCGACCACACCCCCAGCGCCAGUUGAUACGGUGCUCUCAAUGCCUUCAAGUGCAAACGAACACCUUCAAGUCUAUCUGGCCCAGAUGAAAGAGAUCGCCGCCCGCCAAGCGGAGAACGCAACCCUUAUGACGGAUGUGCUUGCGAAGAUUGCUGCCCUAAACCUCAGCUAGAGCGCUUAAGAGUCAGUCUCACUUAAGCAAUGCCGCCUUCCCUUCAUUAGCCACCUCCUCUCGUGAUCGGUUUUCGAUCUUUCAUGGCCAUUGCAUGCAGCAAAAAUACCCAAACGACUGGAUUAUAUAUGAUACUCCACAGCAAUCUCGUUCGAUCUAAGACGUGGUAAUCACCAGUGUUGCCGCAGUUAAUACAGUUGAAUAAACGAAUAUUACUCCUCGUUCAUGCACGGUAUUUCUAUCCCUCAACCCCUCACUCGCUCUUGCGUG